UUCUUUCAACAGCAGCAACAGUUCGUCAGACACCUCGGUAGCUUGCUAGACAAAAUAGACGAACCAAUAAAGCUCUUUAGACGCUUUAGCGUAUAUUAGCCACUGUGUUUUAAACCCUCUUCUGUCGUCUAGUUAGUUAUCCGUUUUAAUUUCAUAUUUACGGUGUUGUUAUUAUUCCGUUAGCGGGCUGGUUAAGUUAGCAUUAGCCUAGCUAGCUAACAUCCCCGACCAUGCGGUCACUAAGCUACUCCCCUGCUAUAGAAGAAGCGGGUAUCACAGUAAAACAAGAAGUAGAGGAUGAGGCCGUUUCAGUGAAAGAAGGGGAAGAAGCGUUCAGAGUGAAAGAGGAGGAGGAUGUUACAGUAAAAGGAGAGGAGGAUGCAGUUUAUGGAGUGAAAGAGGAGGAGGAAGAGAUGACUGUUACAUUGAAAACGGAGGAGGAAGAAGAGGAGGAGGAAACUGGAUAUCUGGUCCCGGUUUCCCAAACGCAUCUUAAGGUGUCCGAUGGUUCUAACGGUGAACUUAGCCAUAAGAUGGUUUUGAGAAACCGUUCCCUGAUUAACACUCGAGAGAUACGGGACUACCGUGGAUCCUCUGGGGAGCCUCAACAACAACAUGAUGCUGAAGAGGCAGAGAAGAGUCUCUCCCGAUCAGAACACCUCAAGAAACACCCGCAGAGAUCCACAGGGAAGAAAUCUCACUUCUGCUCUGACUGUGGGAAAGGUUGCAAAUCUUCAUCAGAACUUAAAAUACAUCAAAGAAUUCACACAAGAGAGAAACCAUAUAGCUGUGGUCAAUGUGGGAAGAGUUUUGCUAAAUCCAGCCAUCUGACUCAACACCAGAGAACACACACAGGAGAGAAACCUUAUAGCUGUGGUCAAUGUGGGAAGAGUUUUGCUAAAUCCAGCCAUCUGACUCAACACCAGAGAACACACACAGGAGAGAAACCUUGUAGCUGUGGUCAAUGUGGGAAGAGUUUUUCUUCUUCUGGCUAUCUAACUAUACACCAGAGAACACACACAGGAGAGAAACCUUAUAGCUGUGGUCAAUGUGGGAAGAGUUUUAGUCAAUCUGGAGAUCUGACAGUGCACCAGAGAAUACAUACAGGAGAGAAACCAUUUAGCUGUAAUCAAUGUGGGAAGAGUUUUAGUCAAUCUGGCCAUCUGACAGUGCACCAGAGAAUACACACAGGAGAGAAAUCUUAUAGCUGUGGUCAAUGUGGGAAGAGUUUUAGUCAAUCUAGCUCUCUGACAGUGCACCAGAGAAUACACACAGGAGAGAAAUCGUUUAGCUGUGAUCAAUGUGGGAAGAGUUUUUCUAAAUCCAGCCAUCUGACUCAACACCAGAGAACACACACAGGAGAGAAACCUUAUAGCUGUGGUCAAUGUGGGAAGAGUUUUGCUAAAUCCAUCCAGCUGAUUGUACACCAGAGAACACACACAGGAGAGAAACCUUAUAGCUGUGGUCAAUGCGGGAAGAGUUUUUCUUCUUCUGGCUAUCUAACUACACACCAGAGAACACACACAGGAGAGAAAUCUUAUAGCUGUGGUCAAUGUUGGAAGAGUUUUAGUCAAUCUGGAGAUCUGACAGUGCACCAGAGAAUACAUACAGGAGAGAAACCAUUUAGCUGUAAUCAAUGUGGGAAGAGUUUUAGUCAAUCUGGCCAUCUGACAGUGCACCAGAGAAUACACACAGGCGAGAAAUCUUAUAGCUGUGGUCAAUGCGGGAAGAGUUUUAGGCAAUCUAGCUCUCUGACAGUGCACCAGAGAAUACACACAGGAGAGAAACCGUAUAGCUGUGAUCAAUGUGGGAAGAGUUUUUCUACUUCUAGCUAUCUAACUAUACACCAUAGAACACACACAGGAGAGAAACCUCUUAGCUGUGACCAGAGAUAAUCUGAUAAAAGAUCCCUGAUCAAAUAUCAGAAAAUGUAUAUAUGAAGGAGUUGUUUCAUGAUAUCAAUGAAUUAAUGUCACAAUGUAGAAUGUUUUAACAUUGUAGUGGGAGUAGUUUAAUGAUGUCACAAUGUAGAAUGUUUUAACAUUGUAGUAGGAGUAGUUUAAUGAUGUCACAAUGUAGAAUGUUUUAACAUUGUAGUAGGAGUAUUUUAAUGUCUCAAUGUAGAAUGUUUUAAUAUAUAGUAUAUUAAUAUACUCUGCAGUCAGUCAGUCAGAAUGUCACAAUGUAGAACCCUAAACGUUUGCCCCCUUAUCAAUUGAUUUCAACAUGAUAUGGAUAUUAGGCUCAUUGGGGGAAAUCAAGGCUCUGAAUUGAAAGAGUACUAUUUAUGUGAUUUAACACAAAGUGACUAACAAAUAAAGAUUUGUCCUCUAACCAGUGAUGUACGCAUUAUUCCCAGAAUCAACUGAUUUCAACAUAAUAUCGAUGAGUUAUGACAAAUAAGUGUUGUGUUCCUUUGUUUAGUGACCCCUACAUUUAAAUGCAUCACUCCAAUAUGUAGCUGACUGUCUUCUGCAGGUUGUCCUCUUAUCAGUGAGGUAAAAGAUAUCUCCCAUUUCCAUGUGUUUUUUUAGUUGUGUUAGUUUCAACAGCAAGUACAACCUGAUUUCCCCCCUAAUCGAUAUCAGUGAUUUAUUGUUACUUGUCAAAACAACAGCGUUUCUGGUGCUUGUGCAGUUUAUAAGGAGCUUGUUUUAAAAAAUACAAUUAUUGUGGCAGAUGUUUGUGUAUAUACCACAUGUUAGGUUUUCAAUUGAUCCCAAACUGUUUCUGCAUAUUGGUUAUUGAUUUGGACACGUUAAAACUGUGUUUUGAUAUUGGGGCUAUACCACCUAGCAAAAUGUCAUUGAAAAGCCGUUGAAAAUAAUACUAUGCAACCAAAUAUUUCAUAUUUACAUUUCAUGUAACAUUUAGUAAUGAAAAUUAUUCAUGCAACCAACUGACAGUUUUUUGGGUACAAUUAUAUUGACAUUGUUGCCCUGUUUUUAGAAUAUCAGGGUUAAUUCUCUCAUGUGCCAAACCAAAUGUACUAGAGCAUGACAUUGGGGACUGGGCCCCGAUCCAACAACAUGCCUAUCGAGUGAACCCUGAAAAGAGAGAGAAGCUCUGCAGUGAGGUGGAAAGUUACUACGGAUAUUGCAGGAGUUUCCUCUUGAAAUCAGACAAGUCUGUUGUAAGGACAACUUGGUUGCUGAUUGUCUCAAGGGGGGCAGUCAAAAUGUUUUGUGUUUUGCGUUUAGCCAGUGCAUUGCCAUGGAUCACAAUUUAUUUUUACUGCACGUUUUUCCGUAUUGGAGAUGAGUUUUGUUUGGGCUCGUUUCAAGGGGACGAGAGUUCAAGAAGCUAGUGAGUUUUAGGAAGACGAGAGUUCUAGAAGCUAGUGAGUUUUAGGAAGACAAGAGUUCUAGAAGCGAAACUUUUUUUUCUUGUUUUUAAUUGUUGACAGCCAGUAGAAACCAUGUUUAUAUUGGUAAAGGUGAAGCAUUGUAGUUGAUUAUAAUGUGAAAUGGAAGUUGUUUUCUGUUGGUGGUGCGCAUUCUCUUAAGGUGUUAGUCUUUGGUUUUUCCAUUUAUGUUUUGAGGUUGGACUUUAUCACGUCUAGCUUGUUAGCACGUAGGACGCACUGAUUGGUGUCACCUCGUUAGUCAGUAUGUGUUACACCUGUGCUGGCUUGUCCAUCUCGUUAGUGGGAAGGUGUUUCACCUGAGCUGGUCCAGGUUCUAUUUAAGAGUGUCUGGCCCAGUGCUCCAGUUGUCUUGAUAGAUGUGGAGAGUUAACACCUUUAGUUGCUCCACUUUUUUGGUUUGCUUCCUGUCUGUAAGUUUGGUGUGGUGUGGGUUUUUCUUUUGUUUGCCUCUUCUUGGGCAGAUUUAGUGGGUCUCAUGGUGGGUGUCUUUUAUGUCCCAGUUGUUGUUACUAGUCAACUUUCAGUGGACACAGAGCAAAACUGCAACAUUAUGUUAUAAUACUUUUAUUGCAUCAAAUGGUUGUUUUAUGCAACAGAAUAGAGGGUUCUUAGAACUAUAGUGUCUGUGUUUUCUACUGAGGAUGGGCCUCUGAGAGAAAACACUGACAGGAGAUUUACAAUGUCUUUUGGGUGAUAAAACCUAAAGAGACCGCAUUCCAGAGCAUGAGUUAAUGUUUCUGUUCUAUAUGGUACCAGGGAGAGAUGACCCCAGGGCCAGACCCUGGUCUCUACACAAAGAGGACUAUUUUUACAGCAGAUACUGUCUUCUGAGAAUUACAAGUAUCUUUCAUACAAAUCUUAACCUUGUGACCCGUUCUAUACAUCUGUUGUUCGCUAUGUAGGUUGAAAGGGGUGCAUCUUGGCUGUAAAAGACCUUUGUAGUUUUGUCCUGUGGGUCGACCAGCCAUCAUUAUAGUAGAGCACUCAAUUGAUUCACUUUAUAUGUGUACGUUGUAUUUACCUGCUUCCUUAUUAA